GGCGUGCGGGGGAGGGGCGCCGCCCGAGGGCGGAGCUCGGGGGGAGUCUCAGGUCUUGGGGCUCGCUUGUUGGAGCCCGAACCAAGGUUGCCCCAAUUUCCGAUACAACUCGGAGCUGUUCCUGCGGCUGCCUCUUCUGGGGUGGAGGCCAAUUUCUGGGUCUGGGGGCCGCUGAGGCGCUGCCCGUGGCCUGUACACGCCUGCACCUAUUGCCGCACCAGUCCAAGGUCUCCGCUACUGCGCCCGGGCCCCCGUCGGUUCCCAGCCCGCGUUCGAUGCCCUGGGUGGCUUGAGGACACGCGGCUGGGCAGGUGCCGACAGCCCGCCGCCUCUCUCGUCCCCCUUCUCGCCUGCCGGCGCCACCCUGCCCGGCUGAGACACUCGGCGCCCGCAGCUAGGGCCCCGGGAGACUACGUGCGUUCGCCGGCUCCGCUUGCACCAACGCCUUCUGCUCCAAUUACUUUCCCAACCGAGCGGAAAAGCCGGGGGCAUGUCGUCGGGGUCCGGGGAAGCAGGGCGGCUCGGCACUGCCGCCUGAAGUUCGCCGGUGCCCAUUCCCUCCCAUAGGUCAAGUCCCCGGCCGUGCAGCCCCCAGCCAGCCUGAAGGGAGCCACGCGACGUCACAGGGACACUGGGUUCCCUAGGAGCCGCCCCAGGCUUAAUGAUUGUCCAGAAGGUGGCUACAAAGGGAGCCUGAGAGGCUGGCUGGAGGAGGGAGCAGAAGCAGCCUAACUCAGCAGAUCUGGGCCCAGGGAGCUGCAAGUAGGAUCUGUGGUCAGAGGCUCGUGUCCUGGCCAGUAGGGCCUGCUCUCUUCCACCAUGGCAGCCCACGGUUACGGCUAUUACCGCACCGUGAUCUUCUCAGCUAUGUUUGGAGGCUACAGCCUGUACUACUUCAACCGCAAGACCUUCUCCUUUGUCAUGCCGUCGUUGGUGGAGGAGAUCCCUCUGGACAAGGAUGACCUGGGGCUCAUCACCAGCAGCCAGUCGGCAGCCUAUGCCAUCAGCAAGUUUGUGAGCGGGGUGCUGUCUGACCAGAUGAGCGCUCGCUGGCUCUUCUCUUCUGGGCUGCUCCUGGUCGGCCUGGUCAACAUAGUCUUUUCCUGGAGCUCCACAGUAUCUGUCUUCGCUGCUCUUUGGUUCCUCAAUGGCUUGGCACAGGGGCUGGGCUGGCCUCCAUGUGGGAAGGUCCUACGGAAGUGGUUUGAGCCAUCUCAGUUUGGCACUUGGUGGGCCAUCCUGUCAACCAGCAUGAACCUGGCUGGAGGGCUGGGCCCUAUCCUGGCAACCAUCCUCGCCCAGAGCUAUAGCUGGCGCAGCACACUGGCCCUGUCCGGGGCACUGUGCCUGGUGGUCUCCUUCCUCUGUCUCCUGCUCAUCCACAAUGAACCUGCUGAUGUUGGACUCCGCAACCUGGAUCCCACCCCCUCCAAGGGCAAGAAGGGUGGGCGGAAGGAGGAGAGCACCUUACAGGAGCUGCUGCUGUCGCCUUACCUGUGGGUGCUCUCCACUGGCUACCUUGUGGUGUUUGGAGUAAAGACCUGCUGUACCGACUGGGGCCAGUUCUUCCUCAUCCAGGAGAAAGGGCAGUCGGCGCUCGUGGGGAGCUCCUACAUGAGUGCCCUGGAGGUUGGGGGCCUUGCAGGCAGCAUCGCAGCUGGCUACCUGUCAGACCGGGCCAUGGCAAAGGCAGCGCCCUCCCUCUACGGGAACCCUCGCCAUGGCCUGCUGCUGUUCAUGAUGGCUGGCAUGACAGUGUCCAUGUACCUCUUCCGGGUAACUGUGACCAGUGACUCCCCCAAGGAUGUUGCUUUCUGGACUCCAGCUCUUCAUCCUCUCGCUGAGCUCACAGGCUUUACAGAACCUGAGCUCUGGAUCCUGGUGUUGGGAGUCGUGUUUGGUUUCUCCUCUUACGGUCCCAUUGCCUUGUUUGGAGUUAUAGCCAACGAGAGUGCCCCUCCCAACUUGUGUGGCACCUCCCAUGCCAUUGUGGGACUCAUGGCCAAUGUGGGCGGCUUUCUGGCUGGGUUGCCCUUUAGCACCAUUGCCAAGCACUGCAGCUGGAGCACGGCCUUCUGGGUGGCUGAAGUAAUCUGUGCAGGCAGCACAGCCGCCUUCUUCCUCCUACGAAACAUCCGCACCAAGAUGGGCCGAGUGCCCGAGAAGGCCCAGUGAGAGUGCAGGCUCUGGAACGUCCUCUCCCACCUGUGGCCUUUCCCCUGUAUGGGGCUGGGGGAAGAGAGGGGGGCUGCUCUGGCUAGCACUGAACCUUUGACUUUCCUGUUCCUUUUCCCUCGCCCAGGUGGCGUUGGAAGUGAUCAGUGACUAAUGAGGUCCCAGCUCCCCAUCCUGUGCUCAAUUUAAAAGAUCACCUUUGUUCUUGGACUCCCAGCAGCUAUUUCCUGCAUUCAAACUGGAAGCCCCUGCAAUCCGGGAGUCUCCUGUAACCUGCCUGGCCCCCAUCCUGCCACAUCCCCCACCCGAAGGCUCCUCCUGCAGCUGUAGGGCACCAUGGCCCAUGACUUCUGUCCUAAGGCCUCUCAGCAGGAACAACUGCUACUGCCAAUACCUCAGACUCUGGGGAAGAGAGCAGGCCAUCCCUCUCACCAAUACCCUGCAACGAUCAGGGGUGUUGUGUAGGUGGGGUGGUGGUGGGGAUACAAAGAUUUGUUAUAGAAGAUUAAAACUAGAUUUGAUA